ACUGCCAGGAACCUGAGAAGAUGAAGGCAUCCUUGGUUCUUUCCCUCCUUGGCUACCUAGUGGUUCCAAGUGGCGCUGCUAUCAUGGGGCGCUGCGUGGUGGCUAAGAAGCUCAAAGAUGGAGGCCUGGAUCAUUUCGAGGGCUACAGCCUUGCAAACUGGGUGUGCCUGGCUUAUUUUGAGAGCAAGUUCAACCCCACGGCGGUCUACGAGAACCUCCAACGUGACUACACUGGCUACGGCCUCUUUCAGAUCCCCAACCGUGACUGGUGCGACACAGGCAAGAACCGCUGCCACAUGUCCUGCUCUGCUUUACUGAAUCCAGAUUUGAAGAAGACAAUUGAAUGUGUUAAGAAAAUCGUAAAAGAUAAGGAAGGGUUGGGAGCAUGGCCCUCCUGGUCCCUGAACUGCCAGUACUCAGACACUCUGGAACGGUGGUUGGAUGGAUGCAGGCUGUAGCCGCAGGGGCGGCCCUGACGCCAUUCUCUGGUGGUACCUUCCAAAUGAAGAUGCUUUGCUGUUUGCUGCCUUCACGCAAUCCUGUUGAUUAUCUCUCAGCUUGACAGCUCCAUCAGAUGGAAAAGGACGAAAGUUUGCUUCCUCCGGGGAUGC